ACUGCACGCGAAUGCACCAAAAAUCCGACGCACAUCACCGCAGGCGGCGACUUCAACGGUUUCUCCAAACUUUAACUUACGUCCAAUGUGCUGAAUGGCUAUAUAACAGCAGCAGGGGUCGACAUUCUUUCUGAUGCAUAGCGGUUCUCUGGAGAAGUUAAAUCACAGCAUAUUAGUUUAAAAGACUAGCUAAUGGCGGAUACAUGCCGCUAAUGAUUCUAUCAGCAUGACCAGCAAUACCGAGACCAUUUCUUUUUGUUAACAAUCUUGGAAACAAGUUAGCUUAAAGUAAAAAAAAACAACCUUAACGUUAGCGAAUCGCUAGCUUGUUGCGCAUUAGUCGAGGCUCGUAUGCCUGUCUUUGGUGAUUCAUCAUCACUCACUGUCCAGAGUCUGACGUAAAGUUAUCGGGUUAGCAUCAGCACUGUCAAAAAGCUCAAAGACCCUUAGUCUGACCAAUUUCCAAAAUAUUUAUAGUGAAACCGAAUUAAACAGAGCCGAGUUUCGCCGACUUCAUUAUCAAAGGAUAUUCACUUUAAGUAAACACGGGCGCCCUGCCUUACCUGUGCCAAGGUGCUGAAUGGCCUCUGUUGUAGCUGUGAAAACUGAGAAGCGACCUGCAGCUGAUUCUCAGGAUGCAGACUCAAAUGCUAAAAAGCCCAGGAUUUGGGAAGCACCGUCUUUGGAACAAUCAUCACUCAAUCUCUGCCUUCCCCAAAGGAAACUGCUGCCUAGCCUGAAGACCAAGCGAGCCCCUGAGCUUGUCCUGGUGAUUGGCACAGGGGUAAGCUCUGCAGUGGCUCCUCAGGUCCCUGCACUCCGCUCCUGGAAAGGCCUCAUCCAGGCCUUGCUUGAUGCAGCCAAUGACUUUGACCUUCUAGAGGAGGAGGAGAGUCGGCGUUUCCAGAAGCACAUGCAGGAAGACAAGAAUUUGGUGCAUGUGGCCCAUGACCUCAUUCAGAAACUUUCCCCGAGAACUGGAAAUGUGCGAUCCACAUUCUUCAAAGACUGUCUGUACGAAGUAUUUGAUGAUUUGGAGUGCAAGAUGGAGCAUGCCGGAAAACAUCUGCUGCGCUCAGUGCUGCAGUUAAUGGAGAGCGGUGCGCUGGUCCUCACCACCAACUUCGACAACCUGUUGGAGAUCUACGCAGCCCACCAGGGCACAAAACUGGAGUCUCUAGACCUGACAGAUGAGAAGAAGGUUUUGGAGUGGGCUCAGGAGAAACGGAGGUUAAGUGUUCUGCAUAUCCACGGUGUUUACACCAACCCUAGUGGUAUUGUACUGCACCCUGCUGGCUACCAGAAUGUACUACGGAACACUGAGGUUAUGCGUGAGAUCCAGAAGCUGUAUGAGACCAAAUCCUUUGUGUUUCUUGGCUGUGGACGCACAGUAGACGACACAACCUUCCAGGCUUUGUUCCUGGAGGCGGUCAAACACAAGUCAGACCUGGAGCACUUCAUGCUUGUGCGGCGGGAGGAUGUUGGUGAAUUCAAGAAGCUGCGUGACAACAUGCUGGACAAGGGCAUCAAGGUAAUCUCCUACGGUGAUGAGUACGCUGACCUGCCUGAGUACUUUGAGAGGCUGGCCAAUGAGAUUUGCAACCGGGAUGUUUCCACCAACGACUGGGGGUCACCCUCACAAAAGGAGGAAGAACAGCAGAAUGGAUUUAACGCACAAAAAAGCCUCCUUCAGGGUUAGAACUAAAUGCUUCUCUUUGACUUUGAGAAGAGGCCACUUGCAAUGGACAUUUGCAGAAUAACACAAAACCCUGUCCAGCCAAGACUGUUCUCUCACUGCAUGCCGGUAGAUAGAAAAUCCAGGCCUGUUGUUGAUUUUCACAGAUGGAAACAUUCACACAAAUACACAACUUUCAACUUUUCAGUGAAGUCAUUUUAUUUGAAUUUUUAUUUGCUAAUUAUUCUGUACUGUCACCUGGUUGGGAUCAGUCUUUUUCUCUCCAGCUCUGCUGAGACUAGUUCAGAGUGGUAUUCAGUCUGGUUUUAUUGAGUUGACUUGGGUGUCCAUGGGGUCCCCUAAAAACUCAUGACUCAAAAGUCAUUAAUUCUCACCCACUUUAUUCCAUUUAAAUUUAGUUCUUAUUUAAACGGGAUAAGUUUUAGCUGUCUGUCAUUACUCAACCUCAGACCCCCUCCUCUGUGCUUAAACAUAGCAGAAAGCUGAGUGUUUACAAAGCUGAAAAUGCCAGUUUCAUGUAUGAAGAAGAGUGAAUGGUAUGUUUUCAUUUCAACUUGACAGGAUUGCUGCUUAGAUUAAGGCACACAGUACAAAGAAAGCAGAUUUUAAUGUAUCACCUUGAUCUACAAAUCCUGUUCUAGCGGCAAGCGACGACACACCACAUGCUCCUGACUGCAAAUGGUGUUGAUGAAUUGGAUAUGUCGUGCUCAGCCCUGUAACUGGGAUAAUUUGCAUAUUAAUGCUUGGAAAGGAAUGGGUGGGAAUAAUUCUCAAUCGUGGGGGCUAAAGUAGUUCAUGUUCAAUUUAAGCUCAGGAGAGUGCGUUUUUAUAGCAGAGCAGUUCCCUGCCAGUUGCAAUUGCUUUGCCACUCCUGCGCUAAAAAGAAAAUGUUCUUUCUAAGUGUGUUUUUGUAUUUUUAAUACUUGCAUGUGUUUUCUUGUUUGUGUAGUAUUUAUAAAUAU